AUGAAGCAAAUUGUGUUGUUGGGAGGAAGUGGAAACCUAGCAUUACUCAAGCUGGUUCCUGAACUUUAUAAGCUCAAAGACAAGAACAUACAGAUCAUAGUGUAUGCUAGAAGUGACCUGAAAGACAGCUACGACAAGAAGUUGUUGGAGUUCUACAAGGAAUAUUCUCAGGAAUUUUUAGACAGUAUUGUUUAUUUACGGGGGUCAUAUGACGAUCUAACAGAGCUCAGCAAAGUAGCAACAGAUGAAACAGUAUUUUACUUCACGUUACCAACUUCUGUAUUUUACAAUUUGGCUAAAAAGGUAAGAGAGAUUUCUAAAGGAAAAAUGGUAUUUGAGAAACCAUUUGGUGAGACAUUUGAAGACUUUUCUAAGUUAACAGAGUUUGAUAACACGGUAUUUAUUGAUCAUUACCUAGCAAAGCCACUCUCUUUGGCUUAUCCAGAAAUACAGAAAACAACGAAAUUCACUGAUUUCCUCAACAAUGAGAACGUUGUGUCGAUUCAGGUUCUUUUAACAGAAACCAUUUUAGUUGGUGGAAUUUCACACUUUGAUAAAUCAGGAACAAUCAAAGACGUGGUGAGGAAUCACGCAAUUGAAAUGCUGGCAGUUGCACUAGCAGACCUGACAGACCUGAAUACUGGGGAAGAAUACGCCAAAGCAAGAGCAGAGGUUAUUAACAAAAUGAAAAUUGAUCGUAAAUCACUCAUCAAGGGACAAUAUGAAGAUUACGUCGUAAAAGGAUCAAAAACAGAGACACUUGUGGCGUUCAAGGCAACCAUCGAUGACAAGAAAUGGGAGAAUGUGGAAGUUGUGUUUAAGGCAGGUAAAGCAUUGCCAGAAAAGAAAUCUGAAGUUGUCUUCAAAAUAAAGAAAGAGUCAAUAGGAAACUUGAAAAUGCUGAUUGAGGAAUGUGAAGACUUCAAGGAAGCAGAGCUGAUAUUCUCAUUUGCAUCAGAAGACUGUAUUUAUUUGAAUGGAGUGUGUAUGGAUGGUACAGAAAAGCGCAUUGAGGUUGUAAGCUGGAAUACGGUGCAUGUGAUUGUUGAAACGCAUUUUGGUGGUCUGAGCCAAUAUGAAUACAUCUUCAAUGCAUUGCUAUACAAUAAGCCAAUUGCAAUGGCUUAUAACUCUGACGUAACAGCUGCAUUGAAUACUUUCAAAACCAUUGAAGCGAACCAGGAUGAACCUGAGAUCUACGAUCAAAUGUCAGAAACCCUCCUGAAUAAAUAUUAG